AUGGCCACCAUCCAGAACACGGUGACUUCCCACCCAACGACAUGGGCGCACUCUGCCUGGAACUUGCAUCGCAACAGAUGCCGCCGGCCUUACUCGAGGCACAUCUUGCUGAAGGUGGCUGUGGCUUCUCUCCCUUCGCUCCUCACAUUGCGAACUGGGCAAAGGCACUACAGGGGCAGAAGUGUGAGAGCUCGCGCCAUCCAUGGUCUGCGAAUGCGACUUCCUCCCGGAGCGACAGUUUACUUGACAGGCGUGGCACAGGAGCUUGAAGGAGAACCAUGUGAAGUUCUGAGCUUCGACAGAUCUGGGAGGUGGCUGGUUCGCUUUUUGCAUCCGCGCUUUCGCGAGCGUGCGGCUCUUGUCCCUGAGCAGUGCUUGCUGUUCGGGUACUGCAUCCAGCCUGAGCACGCCACGAGUCCGGCAUCGCUGUCGACUUCCGUCGUGCUGGUGGAUACACCUCGAGCCGGAAGGGGCUUGGAGGUCGUGGAGCCCAUGGCGGCUGGCAGUUCUUUGUUCAAGGAGAUGCCGUUCCUGUUGACAGCGAACGACGUCAAUGAAGUUUGCAGAGCUCAUCUCAAGAUGCGUGCUGCCGCGGGCAAGGACGAUUCCCAAGGCAAGGCGCUCGAAGCCUUCGCAUCUCUUUCUGCUGGCGACGGCUUCGAUGCGCAGGCAUUGGCGAGAGUGCAGGCUCAGGCCAGCGAAGUUUGGCAGGCUAUGAACUUUGGACGGUCAGAACAGCCGGAUGCUGCGGAGAUUCGGAAUCUGGCAGCGGUUCUGCUGCGUUGGGAGGCCAACCGCAGCGUGACCAUGAGUGGUGCGUAG